CGUUACCUUGGCUGCCCGGCAGGGCAGAUACUUGAGGAGUGCCCUUACCGUGGGGUAUGAUAGAGACCCGAGCGCAAUUGUUCGUCCUAUAAUUACACCCGCUGACGUGGAUUUCAAACGCAGAGCAGUGUGAACAGGACGCGAUGGAUCAAGGACUGAGCGGGGAGGCAGACGAAACGGAAAGCGACCAGGUGCGCGAGCAGACACGUGACCAGCCGCCCGACCACGUGCGCGAAAAGGAGUCUACAGAGGCCGGGCCGGCGGCGGUGCACGAGUACCGGCGGGCGUGCGGCCGCCUCGGGGUCGUGCCCUGCUCGCCCCUGCUCCGGGCCCUCACCUCCUCCACCGUGUCCAUGAACCACCGUGGCCUCGGGCCCCAGGAGGCCAGGGCCCUCUCCUGCGCGCUGGUGGCAGACCAACAGGUGCGUCACCUGCAGCUCAGAGACAACUUCCUGACGGGGGAGGCUGCGCGACACCUGGCCGACAUGCUCACCAAGAACUGCUGCAUCGAAGUAUUGGACCUGGCAGACAAUCGUCUGGAGGCUGCGGGUGCAGAAGCCAUGGCUCAGAUGCUGGGAGACACCACCAGCCUGCGGGUCAUCAACCUGUCCGGAAACCACUUUAAGGACAACGACGCGAAGUGUCUUGCCGACGCGAUGGCCUCCAAUUACAGCGUCAAGGAGCUGGACCUAAGCCACAACGAGUUCAGUGAGAUGGGAGGAGAACACCUGGGCCAGUUGUUAGCGCACAACGAGACGCUGGAGGAGUUGGAGCUCAGCUGGAAUCACCUGAGGCUCAAGGGCGCGGUGGCUCUGUGUGCCGGCCUGCGCGUGAACUACGCGCUCACCCACCUCCACCUAUCCGUGAACGGUCUCGGGAACGAGGGCGCCCUCGCCAUGGCCGAGGCUCUCAAGUUCAACGGGGCCCUGCUCCACCUCGACCUGCGCAACAACCGCAUCGGCAACACCGGCAUGGAGGCCCUGGCACGUGGCCUGCUCGCCAACGACAGCCUCCGGGUGCUGCAGCUCUGCUUCAACAUCUUCACUGUGGAGGGAGCCCUCGUCCUGAUCAAAGCAGUCAAGGUCAACGAGCACUCUGCGCUGGAGAGGUUUGACAUGUCUACGGUGCGUGUGAACCAGGCGUUCCUGCAUACCGUGUCGGCAAUCCGGCGGACGCAGGGCCUCACGGUUCUGCAUUCGGGGGUCGGGGGGCCCCUGGCGAGAAAACCCAAACCCCGGACGGACCCCAUGAAACUCAUUCAGGAUUACCUGGUGGAGCACAAACUGCGGCUCUGGGAUUUCUUUCGCUCUGCCGACAAGGAGGGCACCAUGAAGAUUUCCAGCGACGACUUCCGCAGAGCCGUGCAGCACCUGAGCAUCCCCCUGGACAAACACCAUCUGGACGAGCUCAUGCUGAAGCUGGAGAGGGACAAGGAUGGCCGCAUCGACUACAGGCGAGACCUGCGGGUUCCGCCAAACGCGCGGAGAGACGCACGCGUGCCGCUGCAAAUGCCCCGACGAAGAAUUAACCACCAAUGUUUUUUGGAGGCCGAAUUGCAAUCUUUAUACACGUUCAUCCACUGUUGUGACACCCAUGCCCCCCCCUCCACCACCGGUCCCUUCAGAAGCCUCGUGGACACUCGUAAGAAGCUGGUGCACGACACGCGCACACUCAUCCGGAAGGAGGAGCGGCAGCAACGCAGCGAGCGCCAACGCACCGACCGCGUGCUGCACACGUUCCGCACCACCGUGGGCGUCCUUACUCCCGUCGGCUCGGCCUUCAUGGGCUCCGACUCGUCCCAGUCGCAGCACGGCCACGCUGACACAGUCUCCCGCCGCUCAACGCCAGAUGGAAAAUUCUCCCGAGCCACGUCCGGCGUUUCUGCAAAAUCGGUCUCCGCCGGGCGGUCGGCCGGGGCGACGAGCAGUGCCAUCGUCAACCGCAAGGGAGGUCCAGUAGCGGUGACUGUCAAAGAAAAGGUGCCCUCUACCGAGAAGCCAAGCCACCGCGCGAUGCUACCGGCACAGCCGGCUGCAGCGGCGCUUAAAACCACCGAAGACGGAGACUGUUCAAUCCCGCGCUCGGCCCACUUGACGGUCGGCAGCCAGAAAACCUCGGCUGGGACCGACACGGGCACAGCCGGAACGGCGACGCCGCGGUCGUCGAGGAAGAGCGGCUCGACGUCGGCGCGCUCGGUCACGUUCAGCGACGCGACGGCCGUGAGCGAGCAGCCCGGGUCGCGCUGCUCUCCCUCCUGGCCGCUGCUCGGGCCCACACCGCCGGCCUCCGCCAAAGCGGCAGCUUCUCAGCUGCCAAGGGCCCCCACGCGGUCCCAGACACCAGGGCGGAACCCACCGUGAUGCCUACGGUCGUGGCCGACGCUUGAGCAGAAAACUGCGCGUCAUUACGGCGUAGGCGCAUUAAUCAUUCUCGUCCCUCGUGCGUUGCUUUUCUUUGAAAACUGCCGUGUUGAAAAUGGGUGUACGGCGUGCAUUGACAAAAGCUCAAAUGUACGUGUAUGUAUGUUACACUUCUUUCGCGCUGCACGUAGACAAGCGUGCUAAUCAGAGGUGCGGGAAUGAAAUGCAGUUUGUGAAACCACCUUACUUGACGUUUAUUUAUAAGUUAUGAGCCCGUUGUAGUGACCAGUAAAUGGGCUUACAAUGAAAUUUUUACUAUUUGAAGAUUGGAGCGUGUUAACCAUCAUGUGCGUGUUUUCCCACGUGAUAGCAAACUAUCAUUGAUUGCAUUGGACAAAGUUGCCAAUGCAAGAUCCUCAUGAAAAAUUAUUGAGUCUCAGCGAGGCACCAGGCAAGUAAACCAUUCGCCUCACUUGUGAUUGGAUGAAAUUCGCCAAGUUGGGGUCAUGACGUUCAAGAACUCUCGUUUUCCUCCGUUACAGUGAGUGUAAAAUUAUUGGGUGCUGGUUUUACGUGAACCAAUUGCGUACAAUAUAU